CGUGAGAGUGGCUGGAUUCAGGCGGAGGAAAAGCACCGUGUCUCCGGGAAGAUGACCGCGUCCAAAGAGCCUACAAAGAAUAAGCCGAAAGAGGGGCAACAGGACGAGGAAUUUGUUGACGUCAGCCCCCCGCAGAGGAAUUGGAAGGGCAUUGCCAUCUCUCUGUUGGUGAUCGUGGUGGUCUGCUCGCUCAUCACCAUGUCUGUGGUCGUCCUUACACCCACGGAGCUCCCUGGCAGCAGCAGGUCCAGGCUGACUGUAGCAGAUCUGCACAAACCAGAGUUCGGCAUUCACGACCCAGAGGCCACGUGGAUCAGCAAUUCAGAGGUGGUGUACAGGAACCGUGACGGACAUGUCAUCAAGUUCAACUUUGAAUCAAACGAGACGGACGUCAUUCUGAGCAACAGCACGUUUGUGGCUUUCAAGGUGGCAAAGUACUCGCUCUCUGCAGAUCUGAAGUACGCACUCUUCGCUUAUGAUGUCAAACGGAUUUACAGAUACUCAUACACGGCUUCUUAUAUUGUUUACAACAUCUACACAAGGGAAGUUUGGGAGUUAAACCCUCCGGAGGUGCAGAACGCCGUGCUCCAACACGCAGCGUGGGGAAGACAAGGACAACAGCUGAUCUACAUCUUUGAGAAUAACAUCUACUACCAAUCCGAUGUGAGGAGUAACUCUCUGAGGAUCACCUCCUCGGGGAUGGAGGGAGUCAUCUUCAACGGACUCUCUGAUUGGCUGUAUGAAGAGGAAGUUCUGCGGUCAUACUUGGCUCAUUGGUGGUCGCCCGAUGGAGAGAGGCUUGCUUUCCUCACCAUAAAUGACACCCUGGUACCAAACAUGGUUCUGCCCCAGUUCACUGGCACCGCCUACCCCAGAGGACUACAAUACCCAUAUCCUAUGGCGAGUCAGACGAAUCCUGCUGUGAGGCUGUCUGUAGUAAACCUGUUUGGAGCGACACACACUCAGGAGCUGCAGCCUCCAGAUCAGCUCAGGCACAGAGAUUUCUACAUCACCAUGGUGAAGUGGAUCAGUAACACUCACCUUGCAGUGCGGUGGCUUAACCGGCCCCAGAAUCUUUCACUGCUGACUGCGUGUGACGCCACUAUUGGAGUUUGCGUGCAGAGACAUGAGGAGGCUUCAGACAUGUGGCUUUCCAGACAGAGACAGCAGCCUCUCUUCUCCAAAGACCGGAGCAGAUUGUUCCUCACUCUGCCGGUGAAGCAAGGAGGUCAUGGAGACUUUCAUCAUAUCACCAUGUUCACCAGAAAGUUACGAAGCGAUCAGAAUGAAGUCCGACACUUAACGUCAGGAGACUGGGAGGUGACACAAAUCGUAGCCUAUGAUGAAAAUAACCAGAUAGUAUACUUCAUGAGCACAGAGGACGGUGCACAACACAGACACUUAUACAGAGUGUCCACACUCGGCCUGUUUCCACGGCAAUGUCUCACCUGUGGGCUGAAGGAUGAGUGCUCGUUCUUUGAUGCCGACGUCAGCCUCGAUGCUCAACACGCCAUCCUGUACUGUAAAGGCCCUGGAGUUCCAGCUGUUCUUCUUCUAAGUUUUGACGACGUUGACUCGUACUUCAUCCUGGAGAACAACCUCCCUCUGCGAUCGGUGCUGCAGACCAAAAAGGCGAUUCAGACGGAAAUCCGGAUGAUCACUAAUGACAACUUUGAGCUGCCGCUGAAGCUCAUCUAUCCUCCUGACUUCUCUGAGUCCUUCCUCUAUGGCCUCCUGCUCAUCGUCGGCUGUUCUCCAGGUGAGCAGGCAGUGACAGAGGAGUUCAGGCCAGACUGGGACUGGGUCAUGGUGGGAUCAGAGCAGAUCAUCGUAGCCCGACUGGAUGGCAGAGGCUCCGGUUUCAGGGGUCAAAGGGUCUUACAGCAGGUCCAUCAGGGGCUUGGCACCGUAGAUACAGAGGACCAGAUCGCUGCUCUGGAGUACCUGACGAAGCUGCCAUUCAUCGAUCGCACUCGAGUCGGAGUCUUCGGAGAGGACUACGGAGGUUUCCUGGCACUGAUGAUGCUGAAAUCCACAGAGAAGUUGAUCCGCUGUGCUGCAGCUCAGGCUCCCGUCAUCGACUGGUCCAUGUACGCUUCUGCCUUUUCGGAAAGAUACCUCGGCUCACCAUCAACUGAGGAGAACAAAUACACAGCAUCUAAAGUUCUCCCCAACAUGAAAGGUCUGCAGGGAGGAUCUCUCUUUCUGGCUCACGGCACAGCUGACGCGAACGUUCACUUUCAGCAUUCUGCAGAGCUCAUCAAACACUUGAUAAAGAUUGGAGCCAACUAUACCAUGCAGAUUUACCCGGACGAGGGACACUUUCUGUCAAAACGCAGCCGGAUUCAGCUCACUCACUCCCUAAUUGGUUACUUUAGAGGAUGUCUGCUCGACGUAUCAUCAUUACUCGACCAGGAAAAACGGGACGACGAGUGAGAGGCAGCGUGUGUGUGAGUCUGUUUGUUUAGGUGAGUGUGUGCCCCUGGUAAAUAGAGUGUGUGUGUUUUAUACCUGUAGCACAAACGUUUGAGGGACUGGAGAUGCUUCUUUACAACAUAUCAGUCUACUUAUCGUCAUCUUCUUAGUAGGAUAUAACUCCUUUAGUCACUUUUGUCAGAAACGGUUCAUUUUGGGGUUCAGGCAAGAUUAAAAUGUGGCUGAAGUUUGGUGGAGAAAGUGCUUAAAAUAUACAUCAGCUCUGAUGGCCCUCCAGUCAUUUUGACGGGUUUCUGUCAGCAGUAUUUGUGUGACUUGUUUUUCUGUACUAUACUCGUGUUCACCUUCCAACCUUUUGUGAAACCAGGCUGCCUUUGUUAACUCUAUAUGCUAGGUUUUUUUUUUUGCCUAGUCUUACAUCAAUAGAUUUUUAGGAGCCUGUUUUGUUGAUUAUAAUCUCUAUGAAACCUCCAUUCAACGGGCCUGGAUCAUAGCAAAGGAAGUGUUCAAGUUUGUAGUACGUUGGCAGUCUGAGUAGUAUUGACCAAUCAAGUAUCAGCAGGCAGCGGUGUAUGCAGGAAAAAAACAGUCAGUAUGGAGAUCAAGCAGGUGGAAUCAAAGAUGACCUGGCUCCCAUCGGUGAUAAUCCGACAUCGUUCUCUAUAAACAGCUAUCUACAAGUACGUAAGUGCAGCUAACAAUCUAUUCUUGAUCAAUUCACUCAACCUUAACGACAAAUCGUCUUGAUGCUGUGUUGCAAGAGACAAUCAGCAUCCAGAUUGAAUGCAUCAGAAAAGUUGUUUGUGAGGACAGACCUGACAAAACCUUCACUUCAACUUUUUACAAAUCGGCAUCAUGAUGUCGACACUCCAGCCAAUUUAAGACCCAACAAUUUCAAGUAAACUACAAGAAAGUAGGUUUUCUUUUAGUUUUUUACAGUUAAACUGAGACUCACAAGAAAAAGUCUGAAACCACUUAUUACUCUUCAUCAAUGGAAAAGGUUGGUAGAAUAUUCAUUUUGUUUAAUUCACUUGAAUAAGUAAUCGUGCUAAUUUAUUAUCAAAGUGUCUAACGGUUGCUCCAGAUGAAUCUUUUCAAGUGCAACUUCUCGUCAUUUUGCCACCACUUUGUGCUUAAAAUUAUUUUCUUUUUCUACAUUAAACAAGCACUUCAGGUUUGCUGAGUUACCCAUAAACCUUUGCAGUGAAAGGCAUCAUAAGUGUUAUGGCACAACGGUGGCUGAGAGCGUCCUUCACUAUGGUUAUGAGAGCAUUUCAGACAAUUACCUUCAACCACACACGGGAGCCAUAAAUGCGCUGAGCCGAAUGUCCUUGAUGCUUUUUGUUUUUUAGUUUUUAGACAUUUGGUCUGUGGUUUAAUGUAAGAACGAAAUCAAGAGAAACUGGUGAUUACCGGAAUACAAAAGCUGUGGUAACCCCCUUAUGGUUGGCUUUUGGUUGUCAUGCCAACACACCUCUGAACAGCUCUUUGAAGUUGUGUGUAUCAGCUUUGAGUCCGAUUUAGAGACAAACUGUAUCACGUCGUAUUUAUUGUUUCUAUCAGGGUUUGUACUGUGAAUUCAACUUAAUUUAUUUUGUUUUAGGGGCGAAACAGUGUGGGUGAGGGUUAAUUGAUGAAAACAUGUUGUAUUUUCUGGCUGUUUUAAUAUUAAAGAACAAAUACAUUAGCCAUU